AUGUGUGACGCCAUGGACCCCACGGAGGCGGGGGCAGGAGAGAAUUUUCUCGACAUGGAGCGUGACGAGCUGGAACAGCUCCUGGCGACCUUCGUCUCACGCCUGCAACCAGUAAGCACGAAGUCCGUGCGGGCGGUCCGUACACAUGAGGCCCUAAGGUGGUUUGCCCAAGCGCUGCGAGCACCGACCGGCGUCAUGGCGGAGAAGUCCUUUGAAACCACCGAAAUCGAUGAGUUUUGGAGUCACAGCUGGCACGGCCGGAAGUGGAACAAGGCGUUGACAGCCAUGUACCUGAAGAACGGCAUGCUCGCAACUGCGGUUGCUACCUUCAUGAGCGUUGUCUUGGCCUUCAUCGUGGGUGCUGGACUAUUGCCACCACGAUUUCAAGAGGAGCCGAUUUACCCUUUUAGCUCGUGGUGGUGCAGCGUCGCCGGCUCCUUGCUGUUUUGCCUGGUGCUUGUCUUCUGGCGACCCUGGCAGAAGAUCUUUGUGGAUGUCCUGUGCAUCAACCAGGGAAGUGAGGAUGAGAAAUCUCAAGCGAUCCUGAGUAUGGGGGCUAUCCUGAAGUGUUCGGAGAAGCCACCCGCAGUUCAACCCGAUGAGACUUACCCAUUGUGCAUCCCCCGUCGUUCUGCAACGGUGGACAUUAUCUGCAUCGCCGAUGCCACGCUCUUCGCUGGACUAGGUGCCUUCCGCCCUCCAACUUGCUCUGCUCAUGACAUGAUUGUUGCUGAUGUGACGUGUGUGCAUGCGAGCAUGGUUGAAGCUGUUUGA